AUGAAGCUCACUUCUUUGUCGAUUAUAGCCGUUGUUAUGUUUUUUGUUUAUUCCCCUGUUUCCAUGGCUACUCCGACUGCCAAUAAUACUCUCACCACUAACGCCACUCGAUCCUUCACCGUCCCUCCCGUCAUUGCUCAGCGUGCAACAGUACCAAGUGAAUUCUCUUAUCUUGACAUGGUUGGCCAAAAACUAGACACAAAAAUCAAUACUCCUCUCCCAAGAAAUGUUGACCAGGCGGAUAGCAUGGACUUCAACUCUUCGGCUGCAAAUUCCAAUCAUGUCAAUUCUAGAAUGUCUCGCAGAGCAACUUUUUAUGCCAGUUAUAAAAAGGUCAAAGAAUUAAAGGGCUACGCACAGAAUGCAGCCAACGCUUAUUGCCGUAGUGUUGUUCCUAUGAACACCUGGGUCUGUGAGCAUUGCUCCAGAGAUGAAAGUCUUGUCUCUACAUUUAAGUCCGGUAGUUUGGACACCAAUGGCUAUAUUAUUCGUAAUGACAAGACCGGGAUCAUCAGCCUUGUGUUCAGAGGUACAAGUUCCUUCGCAAACGUGAUUGCUGAUGCCGAUUUUUCUCCCACAAGCUAUCCUCCUGUCAAAGGCACUAAUGUUCAUAAUGGCUUCUACAAUGCAUACAUGUCCGUUCAAAAAGAUGUUCUCAGUGAAAUGACACAGCAAAUUACUGAUUAUCCUCACUAUCGAGUCGUUGUUACUGGACAUUCUCUCGGUGGUGCUCUUGCUAUUCUUGGUGGAUUGGAUUUGUUCCAGCGUGAUAGCCGCUUUGACGCCUGGAACCUUUCUAUUGUAACAUUCGGUGGUCCUCGUGUUGGAGAUCCUGCAUUUGCCCACUAUGUAGUUAGAACUGGAAUCCCAAUAACACGGGUCAUACACAACCAAGAUAUUGUUCCCCAUGUUCCUCCUCAGUAUCUGGGUUUCUUACAUCCUGGAACCGAGUAUUGGAUUACAGAUGAAGACAGAGUUAAAAUUUGCCGCAGUGAACUUGACUCCUCACAAUGUUCAAAUUCUAUUGUUCCAUUUACCAAACUUCGCGAUCACCUUACUUACUUUGGUAUCGAUACUGGCACCUGUACCUAA